AUGGCAGAUAGUGGCAAGGGACCUUACAGCAAAGAAGAACUUAAAAAGCGUUUGACACCAAUGCAGUAUUAUGUUACUCAGGAAAAAGGAACAGAAAGGGCAUUUACUGGCAAGUACAAUAAAACUACAGAUGCUGGAACAUACAGCUGUGUUGUUUGCAAUGAGGACCUAUUUUCAUCAGAUACAAAAUUUGAAUCUGGCUGUGGGUGGCCAGCAUUUAAUGAUGUUAUAAACCAAGGCAAAGUUAAACUUACCAAGGAUACAUCUCAUGGCAUGGUGCGUACUGAGGUGACCUGUGCCAACUGUGGAGCUCAUCUGGGCCAUGUGUUCAACGAUGGACCAAAGCCCACGGGAAGAAGAUUCUGCAUCAACAGUGCUGCACUUAAUUUUCGACCACUCCAUCAACCAGAGCAGUGA